AGUUAUAUCAUUAAUGCUGUUCAUAAAUCCCCAAACAUGGUCCAACCUCAGCCCAGUAGAUGGCGGUAAUACAGCUAGUUUUCGGUAAUACAGCUAAGCAAUAGAAAGAGACGAAGAAGAACACUGGUUUGGUCCAUAAACGUAACAUCAGAAGAAGAAAGGAGUUCCAUUAACGUAUUGGUAGAGAAGGGCUUUGAGUUCUCAAUAAGAGACGCAGAACAUCCUGCCCCUUUGUUUAAGUUCACAAAAUAUCUGAAAAGAGCUGUAACUUCUUAUACAAAGUUAUAAACGUCUAAAUGCUGUAAUGUUUUCAGGCGAAUUUGAAGCGGAGAUCGUCGGCAUCAUUGAGGGGGUUGCGAAAGCGGCUAUGAUAGAUAUUCUGAAAGUAUUUGACAGACGCUCCUCAGCUUUACGCGAAGAGAAUGAGGCGCUCAGGACCUCAUUGGUGUUGAUGGGGCGCGAACUGCGAGCAGUACGUAGGCCUAACGCAUGCCAUACAAACAGCACUCUAGAUGUGUCUGUUGAACUUCAGGUUCGUGGAGAGUCAGAUCCAAUGGGGAAAGUGAGUUUUUUGGAGCGAGAAAGAGACCCCUCACAAUCAGCCAGUUGUCUACCUGCUUUGGAUGGGCAAGCUAUCUCACUAAGUGCUGUGAAGAGCGAGGAUGACUGCCCAGAAUCCUUCCCCAUUACAGAAGACAUCUCAGGGACGUUGUCAUCAGAGUGGGACGGCUAUCCAGAUGGGCUCUCAUCCCACCCUGACGCUUACUACUCGCCACACGGCGUGAUUGUGGAGACUGAGCCGCUGGAAGAGCCUGGGGAUGACACGGUGCAUUGCAAACGGGGGCUCCCCCGGAAAAACAGCACCCGACACACUGAUGAGUUCGGUCAGGUAAGGGUGUGGAGGAGCCUCCGACCCGUGGCUCCCAGGGUUCCAGCGUCUGUGUUACCGUCACUGGACAUGCUGUCUGCUAUUCCUGUUCAGCCCACAGAAGAACACCUGCAUUCAGCCUCUGAUGAACCCCGUGUUGAUUCAUUCACUUGCACACAAUGCAACAAGGUUUUCAGCACCACAGAAGAGUUUAAGCGGCAUCUACAGACUCACCAAAAGACCUCUCCUGGGCGACCCUUCAGGUGCACACUAUGUGGGAAGUCGUUCACUUCUAAGAGCAAUCUGACUGUACAUCACAUCACCCAUACUGGGGAGAAGCCACAUAGGUGCAGCACCUGUGGAAAAAGGUUUGGCCUCAUCUGCAAUCUCAGGAUGCAUGAGAGGAUCCACAGUGAUGUGAGGCCCUUCCUCUGCACGCGCUGUGGAAAGAGCUUCACUCAGAACCACGUACUGCAGAAACAUGCCUGUCCCUUUUUAAAAGCUUAA